AUGUCACAUCAAAUUUCCGCGCUGCUCCCACUUUCGGCCACAUAUCCUGCCAACCGCAACCUGGAUAUGGAAAACUGCGACGGGGAAAAUCGAGGAAAAACUACUUGCUGUGCUGUCGAUAAAAACACGGAUACAAACCGAUGUCGACUGGUGCCAGGUACACGGAUAGCGUGGCAGGUGUGUGCUCGAAUCGAUGAGCAGCCAGUGGGCCCCACUUGUUGCCAAUACAAUCAAUUUCGCAUGUCGCAUAUUAUGCGAGCUGUCUCGCCGACCGAAAGAAGUAAGCCAAGUUUGCGCGCAAGUAUUUUUCGAGUGGGUGUGAUUUGA